AUGGCAGCCACUCGGAAGCCGGGCUACCGCCACUCCAUGGACGACUGGCACCAAGGCCUCCGGAUCCUCGAGGCGACCGCGACCGAGCGACGCGAGAAGGCCGUCGAGGUCCGACACUCCGCGGUCGCCUUGCGGUCGCACUCCGACAUUCGGCAGCGAUGGGCCACAGCCAAUUCCACGAGUCGCCUGAGAGACAGAAUCCAAGAGCUUCGGAAGCUCCAGCUGGACACCUCGGAGUCGCUGAAGCGCGUGGAGGAGGAGCUGACCCUCGUCGAGAAGGAGAAGGGCGCGUCGGAGUCCGCCCUCCAGUCGCUCGUCGUCCCGCUCGAGACGAACAGCCAGGCGCAGGUGAUUCGCGACGGGCGGCGGGACUCCGACACGGUCAACGACCCGGUGGACCAAUGCCUCAAACUGCCAGUUUUUGCACGAAACGUCGGGUCGACUUUCACUCGCCACGCCUUCCAGGAACUGGACACGAUCACGUCGGCACAGAAGGAUCUGGCAGAGGCCGUGAGCGAGCUCUUCAACCGGCAGUGCUCCCUGCUGGACGCGAAGCACUCGCUGGAGUUCCUCCUGUGGGAGCAGGCGGAGAACCUGAGGACGGAGGAGGCGCUGGAGGCGAUGGGGGAAGCGGCGCCUAACAUCUCGGAGAAGCCGCAUCUGCCGUUCAGCCAGGAAGAAUCGCGUCGCUGGGAGGAAGGAGUGAAGAAAGGGCAGGCGCAAGGGAAGGAGGAGGUCGCCAAGAGUCGGGACGAGAGGAACAAGGUGGAGAGGCUCCGCUUCAACGUCUCCAUUCGCCUUCGACAGGGGAGGGAGGACGUGGAUGCGGCGCUGCGAUUCCGGAUCCAUCAGCAGAGGCAGGCCAUCGCCGCUCUCUACUCUCAGCAGAAAAAGGUCACCGACUUGCCUCUGCAGUCUUCAGCCAUUUCUAGUGUGUGGAAGAGGUCCGUUGGAGGGAUUUCUAAACGCUUUCCAAGCGUUGCUCCUCGCUUCGCUAGAUCUCCUGGAGAGGAAUGGAUUUCCCAUCGAGAGGCAGGAGUUGCAUUGGUUUCACCCGACGAGAGGGAGAAGGUUGGAGUGGAAUUGAUCGAGCAAGAGCUGAUGCACGUGGAGCGAGAGGAGCGACGCCUGGAAGACUGCAGCCGAUCGAUGGUCCCAAAGAAGGCCCUGGUGGACGCCCGGAUGGAAGGCCGUCGGUGGAGCCCAGCCGCCCUGGACCAAUCCUCCACCUCGCUCCAGCGGGAGAGGGAUCUCCUCCACUCCGUCUCUCAUGCCCUCAACGACAAAAUCAACGCCCUCAAGCGGAGCCAGUCGUCGCUGACCGAGACCCUGCGGAGCCUCAAGCAGGAGCAGGCACUGAAGCGAGAGUCGCUCGGCCUGGACGAAAUGCUCCAGAGCAUCCGGACCAAGACCUUCGAGGUCGGGGAGGAAGAGGAGUCGACGGGGCUCAGACACUCUGCUUCGUCCACUUUCUAG